CAAGGUCAGACGGUAACCUUAAAGGUAACCACUUUUAUAAGAUUUCCAUGGUCAAAAUGUGAUAAACCACAUCGUAUGGAGGUAUUCCGCAGUUUAAUUCGACGUUAAUAUGAAUAGGUGUGUUUACUUGAAUAGGGUGUUUUGAUAAUUCGGGCAUGAUCCCUAUGGAUGUGGAAUAAUAAUGGAAGUAUGUGUGAACGUCCUUAAGCACGAACAGCCAGAAAAACUACACAUCCAGUUAACACAUUAUAAGCAAAAAUGGAAUUGGGACUGUGGUGUGUCUUGUGUUUUGAUGGUUCUGUCGAAGAAGAAGAGAGGAGACUUUUUGGAAAACUUUUCGCAAGUUUGCAAAAAUGAAGGAUUUAAUAAAAGUACCUGGACCAUAGAUCUCUGUUACCUACUUAAAAGAUUCGAUGUGCCACAUAUUUUUUAUACAGUAACGUUAGGUGUUCAUGAAGGAUACAAGGGAAAUAGCUUUUAUACUAGUGUUUUAAGCAAGGACGAAAAUAGAAUAAACACUAGGUUUAAAGAAGCAGAAGACGCAGGAAUAUUCGUAAGAAAAAAGUCUGUCUCAAUUUUAGAUAUUAUAGCUCACCUGAUAAACGGUCCUGUGAUAGCACUAACGAAUGCGCGGAUUCUGAGUUGUGAUAUUUGCAAACUCAACAAAAUUUCGAGUGAAUUUCGAAAAUGUAUUCCUUGGCCAGCUACUUAUCAGGGGCACUACAUCGUUAUUUGCGGUUAUGAUGUUCCUACGAGGAAAUUUUUUUAUAGGAAUCCAUCGUUUAGCGAUCGUGUUUGUACAAUUCCAAUGGAAAUUUUUGACUUAGCCCGAAAAAGUUACGGAACUGAUGAAGACAUUAUUUUUGUCGAUACUUGAUGUAUUCAUGACAAAGACUUUUAUAAUAAAUAUAUCGAUGUUGUGUGUUGUGUGCGGCUCCCUAAUUUUGCGAAGUUGUUUUCUACAGUGUUUUAUACUGAAAUUGUGAUUUUAAUGUUGCUACGAAAUAUACAUUUUUAAAAUAA